AUGGUUGAUUCUCCAAAGCUAUUCCUUCUUCUCUGCACUAUUUUUUUCCUCUCAGGCGUUUCCUUCGCUGAUCCACCGUAUAAAAAUUGUUCAACAAGUAGUAAUUACACCAAAGGAAGCUCCUUUCAGAACAACCUUAACUACAUCCUCGGUUCUCUAUCCUCCAAUGCUUCAAUCUCCAAAUCUUACAAUGUCUCUUAUGGAGAGAACCCAGUCAGAGUUUAUACCCUCUUCAUGUGCCUUGACUAUGUUCCAAAUCAAACAUGCCAAGACUGCAUAGCCACGGCAACACAAGACAUUCUUAAACUCUGUCCCCAAGCAGAAGAAGCAGUUGUUUGGGAAGAGUACUGCCAAUUACGAUAUUCCAGCAAGAACUUCGUCGGAAAAGUGGAUGUCACAGGCAAAUUGGGAUUUGAUAAUCAACAGAACAUCUCAAAACCCAAGGAGUUUGAGUCUGAGGUCAAUGGGUUAUUGUAUAGUCUUACUGAGAAGGUAUCUUUCAAUGCUUCUUCUAACUUGUAUGCUGUUGGAGAGGCACCCUUUGAAGGGAAAACAAUACAUGGCUUAGUUCAAUGCACCAGAGAUUUAUCAGCAAGUGAUUGUGGCACAUGCUUGAAAAGUGCGAUAAGUUAUCUACCUAUUUGUUGUUAUUCCUCAAUCGGGGCUAGAGUUCUAAGUCGUAGCUGCUACUUAAGAUUUGAAUUAUAUGCAUUUUAUAAUGGUGAACCUGAUCCAAAUGGUUCAUUUGCAACAAGGGGAAAAAGUACAACAAACAAAGCAGGGAUGAUUAUAGGAAUUAUAGCAGCGACUGGCUUGGCAAUAGCGAUUUUAAGUUUCUGCGUUUACUUCCUUAGAAAGAAGAAGAAAACUCAGAAAAGGAAGGGUGGAAUAGACAGUCAUGUGAUGGAUCCUCAUAGCUUUGGGCAGAGAGGUGAAACUGUGUUCCAAAAUCACCAGAAUUUUCGUAGAAGAAAUGACAAGAUAGCUGAGGAUUUGCCUUAUUUUGAUCUUGAAACUCUGUGUGUUGCUACCAAAAACUUUUCUGAUUCAAAUAAGCUUGGUCAAGGCGGCUUUGGCCCUGUUUACAAGGGCGUAUUAAGUGAUGGCCAGGAAGUAGCAAUCAAGAGGCUUUCAACGGGCUCUGAACAGGGCUCAGAUGAAUUCAUAAACGAGGUUCUGCUCAUACUGAAACUCCAGCACAAAAAUCUAGUGAGGCUUCUAGGAUUUUGUUUAGAUGGAGAAGAAAUGCUUCUUGUUUAUGAGUUUCUGCCUAAUGGCGGCCUUGAUGCAGUCCUUUUCGAUCCAAGGCAACGAGCACGACUAAGUUGGAUCAAACGUAUUGAUAUAAUAAGUGGAAUAGCAAGAGGGAUUCUUUAUCUUCAUGAAGAUUCUCGAUUAAAGAUAAUUCAUAGAGAUCUAAAAGCAAGUAAUAUAUUAUUAGACCGCGAAAUGAACCCAAAAAUAUCAGAUUUUGGAAUGGCAAGAAUAUUUGCAGGAGCUGAAGGUGAAGCUAAUACUGCUACUAUAGUUGGCACAUAUGGAUACAUGGCUCCCGAAUAUGCUAUGGAGGGAAUAUAUUCUAUAAAAUCUGAUGUCUUUGGUUUUGGAGUGUUAUUGCUUGAAAUUAUCACCGGGAGGCGCAACGCAGGUUUCCAUCACUCUAAACAUGCUCCUAGCCUUUUGGCAUAUGCAUGGCAUCUAUGGAAUGAGGGAAGCGCACUGGAGUUGAUGGACCCUCUAGUAGCUGAUUCAUGCCCUGAAGAUCAGUUUCUAGUAUACUUGCAUGUUGGAUUACUGUGUGUUCAAGAAGAUGCGUAUGACAGACCAACCAUGUCUUCGGUUGUUUUAAUGUUGAAAAGCCAAUCACCAACUCUUGGUCAACCCCAAAAGCCACCCUUCUGUGUGGGAAGAAUCAUUGAUAAUGAUCAUCACGUGCCAGAAAAUGAACAUUGCUCUGUCAAUAACUUGACAAUCUCUGAUAUACUGCCCCAGUGAAUGGAUUUGAAAACUUCCUAGUCUAAUUUUUCCCCUUUUAUGUUGUAAUAUUGUAGUUAGAUGGCUUUCAGUCAAAAGCUGGACAUUCAAGUUGUAACUAGAUUAACAUUUUCUUAACGUGUAAACUAGGCUAAAUGGGUAUGGUUGUUAUUGUUGACCUGUGAAAA